AUGUCGUCUCUUCUGCGAUUAUCGGUGCUCGCGGCCGUCGCUCCGAUUGGCAUCGAGGCCUUGUUUCUGGGCGGCGGGCUGACGAUUCUGUCGCGGAACAAGCUUGAUGGCGCGCAGAACGACGGAACAGCAGCCAUCCUCGUCAGCCAGCCGAGCCCGUUCAGCGCGGCCAAGACGGCGUGCGCGCUGCUGGGCGAAGUCCCCUGGGAUCCCGACGCGGCCAGCUUCACGGCGGCGCUCAACGCGUCGCUAGCGUACCAGGUCUACCAGGGCAUCGCGUCCGCGGACCAGCUGUACUGGGUGGCCAAGGCGGACGACGAGGGCGACAGCUGCCGGGGCAUGGACGCCACGGGGGCCGAGUACGACGUCGACUGCCUGACGAAGAACCCGGUGCUGUGCACGCAGAGCGCGCCCGUGUCGACGUCGUCGUUUGCCAACAACUCGCUGAGCUGGCAGGUUUCGCACUUUGUCGGCAACAAGCAGCUGGCCGGCUACCGCGACUACCACACGUGGAAGUUCCGCGGUCUGGCCUACGCCGAGCCGCCCGAGCGCUUCGGCUACUCCAAGGUGGCGAGCUUCGACGACGCCGGCGAGGUUGAUGCCAUCAAUGCCGGCCCCGACUGCACGCAGCCCGUCGGCGAGGUCAAGAACACGAGCCUCAUGAGCGAGAACUGCCUGUUCAUCAACGUGUGGACGCCGUACCUGCCGCGGACGGGAGGCGACAAGGCCAAGGCCCACCUCAAGCCCGUCAUGCUGUACCUGUACGGCGGCGGGCUGACGUCGGGGUCAGGGCGCAACCCCAACACGGACGGCACCAACCUGGCGUCGCGCGGGGACGUGGUGGUGGUGUCAGCCAACUACCGCGUGGGGAGCCUCGGGUUCCUGAACCUCGACGACGGGGUGCACCGCGGCAACUACGCCGUGUCCGAUAUGGUAGCCGCGCUCGAGUGGGUUCACAAGUACAUCGCAGACCUCGGUGGCGACCCAAGCCGCGUGACGCUGUUCGGUGAGUCGGCCGGCGCGCAGAGCACGCACGUGCUGCUGGGUGUGCCCAAGGCGCAGGGCCUGUUCCACCGCGCCAUCAUGCAGUCGAGCCCCGACGGCUACCCCAGCGGCGGGAAAGUGCUGCAGUACGGCUCCUACGACUCGCUCGAGCACAACUUCGCGACCACCACGCGGCGUGUGCUGCGCGACGCCGGCUGCGCCAAUGCCACCGACGCCGUGGCCUGCCUCGGCCGCCUCAGCGGCUACGACCUGGUUAACCUGACGACUAACGCCAACGGCAUCGUCGCCGACGGCACGUACCUGCUGAACCACGAGCUGGUGGUUAACGACACGUCGGCUAGCGUGGCGACGGGCGUAGCCAUGAUGGUGGGCUUCAACCGCGACGAGACGGGCGUGCUGGUCGACAACUACCCCAGCAACGGGACCAGCCUGGCGGCGUACUUUGACGCCGAAGUCGCGCGGCACUUUUCCAUGCCGGCCAACGCGUCCGCCAUCCUCGGGCUGCCAGGCAGCAACACCACCGCCACCUCGUCCUCGGCAGCAUCGUUCCUCGGCGCGACGGCCCCAAACACGCCCGCCGCCAUCUUCGACGCGGCGAUGCGCAUCGGCACGGCAGCCGUGUUCAACUGCUACGGGCUGGCCGUCGCGUGGAGCGGCGCCAAGCACCGCGCGUUCGCGUCCAGCUACGUGUACCAGUUCAACCGCACGUACCAGACGACGGGCUACACGCGGCCGUGGUGCGUGCCGCCGGCUGGUGGCAGCGGCCCAGAGCAGGACGAGUACAAGAAGUGCCACGCGGGCGAGCAGAUGGUCGUGUUCGGCACCGUCGCGCGCGCGGGGCACUCCGACCGCGACGGCCGCGAUUUCCCUUUCAUGGGACUGGUGGUGGACCACUGGGCAGCGUUCGCGCGUGCUGCGGAUCCGAAUCCUGAUACCGCCGCUUUGGUGGCCCGUGGUCACUGGGACUCGCUGGCACGGCUCGCGGCGCCGGGAGUUGGCCGUUGGGAGCCGGUCGAUCCGGCGGCGCCGACGCUGCGCUUGCUGCAGUGGGAGUCGCGGCAGAUCCCGUUUGUAGACCAGGACGUCUGCAAGGCGCUAGGGGCGGCCAUGGAUGUUUUUGGGUGA